AUGGAUCCAUUUCAAUCUUUAGGUCAAUUCAAUCCACAAAUCUAUGAGAGCAGCAAUGUGCCACCAUCUUCAGAUAAACUAUUUUCGUUCAGUGGAUUUCAGGCUGGAUUGAUGACAAAUCAGGCAUCAUCCGUGCAGGCACCGAAUGCUAGUUUACAGAAGCAACAACCUAGGCAACCUAGUAUACCGUCGCAACAGCACUUUAUACAACAACAGCAGCCAUUUGCACCGCCUCCACAAGCAGCACCACCAUCGCAAUCAAACCACCCAAUGAUGCAGUCCUCAGGAGCAACAUCCAUGAGCCAUUUCCAGCCCUCUGCUCCACCGCUAGUAAUGCCACCUGCACCUAUACCAUCGUCUGCAUCCAAUCAAGGCGACAGUGGUCGGUAUUCAGGCAUGUAUGCCAACACUGGCUUUGAUAUGCUCUCCAUCUUAUCGCGUGUCGCUAAUAGACCAAAUCCUCAGAUCAAUCUAGGUCCCGUUGAUUUGUCCUGUUCUUUUGUUGUUGUUGAUGCAAAACAAUAUGACUUUCCACUUGUUUACGCCUCGCCCAUGUUUGAAAGAUUGACUGGAUAUGCCCCAAGCGAAGUGAUAGGCAGAAACUGCCGGUUUCUCCAGGCACCCGACGGCAGAGUUUCUAUUGGAUCCAGAAGAAAAUACACUGAUAAUACCACCGUGUACCAUAUCAAGACACACAUGGUGCAGGGCAAAGAGUCUCAAUCCAGUAUCAUCAACUACCGAAAGACAGGACAGCCCUUUGUGAAUCUGCUGACUGUGAUACCCAUUGCCUGGGAGUCGUCAGAGGAUAUUGACUACUUUAUUGGAUUGCAAGUGGAUCUCGUAGAACAGCCCAAUUCCAUCUUUCAAAGCAUGAAGGACGGCACUUACACUGUCAGCUAUCGAAAUUCCACCAUUCCUCCAUCAAUUCAAGCUGGCCUCAGCAUCAAUGCAGAUUCAGGCAAUGCCGUGGCAGAACCUAUCACGGAAUGGACUAGACCCGUAUCACCAAAACCAAUGUACAACGCCAGCAGCUCACAACAGCCUCAUCAUGCGUCAUUAGCCCUGUCAAACAAGAAUGCGCCCAUCGCAGAGAGCGCCAUUGUGCCUUCACAGCAGCAACAGAAAUCCACCUCACAGCAGCCCUCUCAAUCCCAACAAUACCAGGCGGCACAGCCAUCCGAGGCAGAGCCACCCAUGGAUGUAGAGACACUGAUCAAAGAAGCCAGCACAGACGAGGGCAAAUUCCGACGAUGCUGGCAUGAAUUACUGCUGGAUCAAAGUCCAGACUUCAUCCAUGUCUUAACCAUCAAGGGCAUCUUUCUAUACUGCUCCGACUCGACUGCUCAAGUGCUGGAAUAUGAACCCUCCGAACUCGUAGGCAAAUCACUGAAAGCCAUAUGCCACCCGUCCGAUAUCACCACUGUGAUGCGCGAACUGAAGCAAUCCUCCAACCAUUCCACCGAGCCUGUCAACCUCAUUUACCGUGUGCGUCGAAAGAAUUCAGGCUACAUGUGGAUUGAAUGUUGCGGUAAAUUACGAAACGAGGAUGGCCGUGGACGAAAGUAUGUCGUGUUAUCCGGCCGUGAACGACCCGUGUACCAAUUGCCUCGUAAUGCACUGACGGUAGGCAACAAGGCACAUAGCAUGCGCACCUCCAACACCAUGCCUGGUAUGGAAGAUCACGAAUUCUGGGGAAAAUUGAGUGCAGAUGGAUUGUUGUUGUAUGUCAGCUGGACUGUGGCAAAUGUGUUGGGAUCGCCACCUUCUGAAAUCAUCGGCACUUCAUUGUAUCAGCUGUUGAGAAGCAACCGCACAACCGAUUUAACACGUGCUUUAGCAGAAGUCAAAGAAGGUAAAAUUGUGUACCUGAGACAUGCCUUGUUGGACAAUACAGGCGUGGAGGUCAUGGUAGCUACUACAUUCUAUCCAGACGGCAAGGCGUCUCUGCAAGAGCAGCCUUCGUUUGUGUUGAUGCAGACAAAGGUGAUUGGCGAAGAAGCUACCUUGGCGGAUGAGGAGCCUGUGUUUGUGUCGAUGGAUCCAGAUGUCAAAAAGAAGGGAAGAGCAGACAUGUCGUUGCCUAACGUAGACAGCCAUGGCGUCGUGACACCAACACCGCAAAAUACAAAUACAGUGGAGAGGAUGGUGGAUGAAUUAGACAUUGGGCGAGAUGCCAAUUGGCAGUACGAGCUGCAUCAGUUGAGGAUCAGUAACAAAAAGAUGAGAGAUGACUUGAACAUCUUGAUUCAACGCGCCAAAGAGGCUGGCAACAAGGAAGACACCAUAGUGUGCAGCACAUGUUUCCGAAGAUUUGAUGGAUCCAUGAUUGACACGCAAGAAUAUUCAGCAGACGAACCCUUAACAUGUAAUUCAUGUUCACUUCGCGAGAUGCAGCAGUCGAGUAAUAAUACAUCCCACAACGUGCAAUAA